AGUUAAAGCGCGCGAAGCAGAGAGCGACGCUUUGAAAUUGUAAGAACAAACAAACAAAAAUAGUAGCAGCACUACCGGCACUGGAGCCGGAGUUGUGGAAGAGAGAGAUGAAGUUCGCCGUCAAGAAGGGAUGGAGCAACGGAAGAGCCCGGUCAGGGGUUCUGCAGCUGGGCAGCUGUCCUUUCCCAAUUCAGACUCCCGCUCUGCUCCUCACAACCCGCAAAGGCCUGCCCCCUUUCAUCUCUCCGGACCUCCUUACCUCCUCUCUUCCUUCUCCGGAUUCUCACCUGCUCCAGUUCAGCCCCCUUCACUUCUUAGAGGGUAUUUCUCCUAAAACAAUAUCUAACAUUGGAGGACUGCACCAAAUGCUUAGUCUGCACCAACACAUAUUCGCGGCCGUACCGCGGGAUUCUAUCAUUGCCCUUCCUGAACAUGACAGCACUAACAAAUAUGGAGCGUCUUUCCAGACUCCUGGAGGCCGUCUUCUGAUAAAACCUGCAGAAUACGUGGAACUUGUUUCUUCAAUGAAGCCUGACUUUUGGGUCACUUUGGCUGAUGAAGUUCCUGCUUGGGUUUCUAAUAAGAGGAACAGAACCUCAGUUGACCGCACUCUGAGAUGGCUCGACGAUUGCCUUUCACUCAAUAAGACAGGUACUACUAUUUUUGGAUCCAUUGUAGGAGGCUCCAGCAUUGAAGAACGGCAUCGGUGUGCACAAGAAGUUGCACAAAGAAAUGUAUCAGGAUAUUGGAUUGGUGGGUUUGGGCUUGGAGAAAGUAUGGACGAGCGGGCUGCUCUUCUCACUGCUGUUACGGACAAUUUACCAGAGGACAUGCCAAGGCAUGUCUCUGGACUUGGACUUCCAGAGGAGGUAUUGCAGGGAGUUGCUGCAGGCAUUGACCUAUUUGACUCUACGUAUGUUUACCAUCUUACACUUGGUGGAUUUGCUCUAACCUUCCCUCUUGAGAGAAAUAAGGGUGAGAAUGCCGAUUACCAGCUAAGUGAUUCGGGAGGUGAUGGCAUGAAGAUCAAUCUGAAAGCUACUGUAUAUAGGAAAGAUACAUCACCAAUUGUUGAAAGCUGCAUCUGCUUCACAUGCCAGAAUCAUACAAAGGCAUAUUUGAAUCACUUGUUCAACGUUCAUGAAAUGUUGGCACAAACUCUAUUGGAGAUACACAACACACACCACUAUCUGGGAUUCUUCUGCUCAAUUAGAAAGGCUAUUGAAGAAGGCAAGUUUGAGCAAUUCCGGAGGAACUUUGUUGAAAGUAGACGUGACCGUCUCUUUGCUGCUGCAUCAAGUGCUUAACUUGAGAUCAAAGGAAUUCAUUCUGGACUCUCUGAUGAUGUUGUUAAUACUUUUGAUGACCAAAUGGAAUGUGCUAUUUUUUACGAGGAAAUGUUAAGGUUGUACCGGAAAGAAGGGAGGUGGAUUACCAGUUACUGGUUUUGAGCGAUUUUGUGGUGUUGAUAGUUAUAGAUGCCGUGAACGGUGCUAGUUAUGGAUGCAGUGGAUGGAUUUGUAAGGAACGUUUCCUUGCAUGCUCGUUAAGUUUUUGAUUUGGGGGAUUGAAUUUCAUAAAUUUUCUUAGCUUUCUGGACUCCUCUAUGAAGUCCUCUCCAUGUUGAAAAACCAGGAGUAGAAAGAAGAAGAGACAGCUCUCAGAUAUGUACUACAUACGUUGCUUUGUUUCCAUCAGUUCCCCACCAGUCUGGCGGUGGUUGGAAUUAUGAGCAACAGAGUACGAAGCAGGCAUGUCCGUGGUACCGGAUGCAGGAUGGGCACUCAGAGAACAGGCUCCCGGGUCCAAAAGGACAGGGCCAGCUUGAUUGCGUCUCGAGGGACCGGACUGGCAUUUGCUUACGUUGAAUAAUAGUUUGAGUGAGUCUUUAAUUUGUCA